AUAACUCUCUUCCAGUCAUCAAUAGAGCAGGCAAGCAUCGCAGAACUUUGACAUUAGAGAUAAUCGAUUAAUCGUGGGAAUGUUGCCUGGUGCUUGGAUGGAGGGGAAGAUGCCCUGCUUGAGCGUGUGAGAUUGUGGCACUGUUGUGAUGAAACAGGAGAUCUAAUUGUGAGAAGUUAAAUAUUAUCGUCUUGUUGGAGCUUUUCCUAAGACACCGAUGUAUUGAAAUGUACUUUACAUUCUUUCCCCAGAGAUUUGUCAAGGGUACAGUAGUCUGAGUGAAAAUCUGUGAUUCCAGCAGCUGUAAGGCAUGCCAGUACCUGGUGUCACAUCUGAGCUUGUGAACUGUUUCUCUGCUGGAAAUUACAGGUCUUUUCCUGAGCAACAUGGAUGCUUAACUGAGGUGUAAGUUGUCUGUAACAAUUUUCAAGGCACCUUAUUUUCUGCUCAGAUGACCUGUGAGAUGAAACUUGCAUUAUCUUCUGCCCCUAUGACCUUCCAGGGAAAAAAAAAAAAAACAACCAAACCCACUGUCCUUCCUGAUGCUUGUAGUAGCUGGGAGUGGUUUGCACUUCUGUGCAGCCGGUACAGGGUGCAGCUUUCUGACACACAAAUUGCAGGAGACUGAGUCACUGGGAUUAAGACCAGAGGGAUUAAGACCAGAACUCCUGAUUUUCACAAGCUUUGUGUUGAAGCUGGUUGUGCCUGCUGUUGAGUCCCAUGUAUGGCUGGGGUGUAUUUCCACCAAGAGUCACUCUACUGAUGCUAGAAAUGUAGAAUCCUUUGGUUUGCUUGCUGAUUAACUGUCCUUCACUACUAAAACCAGGAACAGAUUCCUGAUUUGAAUUUUGAUGUCCUCAAGGUUCCAGAGAUGACAUGUUGUUAAUUUCAUCCUUCAGAAAGUUCUUUGGCUUUCAUGUAUUUUAUGGAAUAAUUUAAGUUGGGGAUAAACUUUUUAGUAGGGCCUGUUGUGAUAGGACAAGGGAUGAUUGUUCUAAGCUAAAAGAGGGUAGGGUAGAUUCAGACUAGAUAUAGGGAAGACAUUUUUACUAUGAGGGUGGUGAAACAAUGGAACAGGUUGCCCAGAGAGGUGGUAGAUGCCCCAUCCCUGGAAACAUCCAAGAUUAGGUGCGACAGGGCUCUGAGCAACUGGUCUACUUAAAGAUGUCCCUGCUUAUUGCAGGGGGGUUGGACUAGAUGACCUUCAAAGGUCCCUUCCAACCCAAAUCAUUCUGUGAUUCUAUGACUCAGUUGUCCGUUCAUCUAGUCCAACCUGCUGCUCAAAGCAGAGCCAGCUUCCAAAGUAGACUGGGUUGCUGGGAGCCUUAUCUAGUCAAGUUUUGAAAAAUCUCCAAGGAUGGAGAUUCCCUAACACCUCUGGACAACUUGUUUCAGUGCUUACCUACCCUCAUGGAGUGAACAUAUACCCGUCUGAAUUUCAUUUGGUGUAACUUGUCAUCACUGCCCCUUCUCCUUUCACUGUUGGCCUCUGAGAAGAGUCUGGCUCUGUCUCCUCUGCCCUGUCUUUGUUCAUGUUGAAUAACCAACAUUGCAGCACGUGGGAAGACCUUUAUUAUGCCCACUAGUAACUUCCUUUCAUUAUGGAAAGCAUCGCUGUUUGUUGCUACCCUUGGUUUUUUCUCUUAACCAGGUAUUUUUCUCUAAAUGAGCCUUUCCUCUUGUCCCAUGACACUUUAAUAGCCUUUAAUGAUGUUUAAGAUCUUUAAAAAUCUAAGCUACAGUUUUCUCUACAGAGCUCCGUUGACUCUUUCCCAGGUCAUCAGCUUAUGCUCUGACUACUAAUUCUGUUCUUCCUAGUACUUUGUUUUAAUCUGUCUAGUACAGAGCUAAGGCUUAGUGUGCUGCAUCUCCUGACAUCCCUUCUUUUAUAACAAUCGCCUCUUGCUGUGCUUGUGCUGUGGCUAACUCAAAUGACAGGUUACACAGCCUAGGUUUGGUCACAUUAUAUGUAAGAUUAUUUAGGAUUCAGUAGUGAAUCCCAACGGGUUCUAAGGUUUGCUCCCUCUCUCAAACUGGUGUAAAACCUUCCCUGUUGACAUUUUAAUUAGAAACAGUCUCAGACCCAUCCCAAGAGAAAGUCUCGUGUGAUUUCUGUGGCAACUGCUGAUAAUGAUGAUUAAUUUGGUUUUCCAACUGGCCCUAUUUUCCACUGAAAUGUUUGGCACUGAUCGUGCGUCAUCCCCACUGAUCAUCUGGCAGCUCUCUGAUGUUUUUGAUGAGGUUUGUUGUUGUUAUUUGCUUUUAUGUCUUUAGCAAAUUGUUCUCUAUUUUUCCUUCUUUUUUUUUUUUUCUGCCUACUUUAUUGCAGAUUCUACAUUUCAUUUACUAGAGUUCAGGCUUUUAUCAUUUUUCUUGUUUUGACAUGUAAGUUCCUUUUAAAGGCUGUCUUUUUUAUUUCUAACAGCUUUUUCUGGUACCUGCAAGGGUUGCGCAGUGUCUGAUCUCUGCAAAGUGAACUAAAACUUUCUAAUUUGAUAAUGAUUCCUUGCUGGUGACUUAUGGAGCCAACAUAAUUAAGAACUGUCAGGCAGUUCUUAAUUAAAAGUUGAAGUCUGUAUAAUUUUGUCCUUUAUUUUUUGUACAGAUUUGGUGUGGAACUAAGCAGUCUAAUUUCACUCAUCCCACUUGUCUUGCGCUAAUGCAGCUGUUCUGCUCUCCGGCAUCUUGAGUCUUCCAAGAUUUAAUAAAACCGAACAUAAGGCCGAAGAUCUUUUUAAUCGAUGCUUAUGCCCAAGUUCCCUGGGCUUCCUGAUUUUAAAAUGCUUAUCCCUCUCAACUGGAGUACAGAAAGAUGAUCACAAGUAAUUGGAUUACUCUAGGCUACGGCUUCUCUGGUCUUCAGCUGAGCUGUGGUGGCUGGUUCUGCAUCUGCAGCCAGCUCUGCUGAUGGUGCAGGAAAGCGCGUAUGGCAUGGGGUUACUCUGCAGAUGAAAUCACAGUUUGCCCAGCUCCUUCAGCUGGAAGCUGAGAGCAGGUGGACCGUGCCUCUGUGUGGUGGGAGCCUGAGACGGAGUCUCCCAGCAAGUCAGAGAACAGUGACUUCCAGUCUCUUCUCAGCUGGAAUUCAAGCUUGGAUCUGGAUCUGGGGAGCUGGAGGAAUACUGAAGAGGUGGCCCUGGGGAACCUAGAGGAGAGCGGCCAAGAAGCAGACUGUGAGCUGGAGUUCAAUGAGCCUCUUUGGGAGGAUGAUAGUGAAGACUACCAAAAGGAAGAGAGGCCAUGUGAAGACAACAGUCUGCUCCAGUUCUUCUCAGAGGUAACCCAAAUGAUGGAACCUCUCCGCAUCAGCAGCACAGAGUCACCACAAACUCCGCGAGAUUAUUGUGGCUCUGUGAAGCGGGGUGAUGGGGAAGAUGUGAGGUGCCAGGAAAAGACCACAGGAAUAUCAGCCACAGGAGCAAAAGCAAGUCAACUACACAUCCUGGCAAAAGAUGAGAAAGAACACUUCCUGGAAAGAGAGGACAAGACUCAGGAGACUCCCAGAGAACAAGCUUUAGGUGAGCUGCAUCCACAGGAGAUGAGUAAUCAGGCCCAUGGUCAAGAUGACAGUGAUAGCACCUCUGCAGCCCCCGUGCAGGCCUCUCCAAGCCCUGCCAACAUGCAGCUGGUGCAGCUGAAUUGGGAUAACCCUGUGCAGCAUUUGCUCUUCAAAAGAACUUUCCUGUCCAUUUGGAAGAUGAUAGCCAGUCACAGGUACAGUGGCCCAUUCCUGAAGGCAGUAUCAGAGAAACAGGCCCCUGGAUACAGGGAUGUGGUAAAGAGACCCAUGGAUUUAACCAGCAUAAAGAGAAGACUGUCAAAGGGACACAUUAAGUCUGUGAUCCAGUUCCAGCGUGACCUCAUGCUCAUGUUCCAGAACGCGAUGAUGUACAACAGCUUCAACCACCACGUGCACCACAUGGCCGUGGAGAUGCAGCAAGAUGUCUUGGAGCAGCUGCAGAUGUUGUGUGAAGCCCUCCUGUGCUCCAGGGGCAGGCUGGGGCUGGGGAGGAGAUAAUACACCACACCUGAGGCCUGGCUCUUUC